AUGGAAAAGUACCUUAUGAGCUCUCCCACUCAGCUCUCGCAACCGUUUCUCGCUUCUGAUCCACACAUGGACGAGGACAACACCAUCAAAGACUUCCAGGCAAGGGACCUUCUGCCCCGAGACUUGGACGAAAGUCCAGUCUACGACGACAUGGACUUUGCGACUGACCUCCCCGACUUCCAUUACGACCUGGCGUUGAACUUGGAUUUCGAUGCUCAGGCGCCACUGCUGCAUCACAGUGCCCGCCAUUCCAAGCAUUUUUCGGUGGAUGGCCUGCUGGCGCCGUUUCUGGCGCUGCUUCUGGCUCCGUUUCUGUUGAACCAGGGCUCUCGCUUCAACUUCAAUCAUCUGCGCAACGUGUCGUUGGACGACCGCUACAACCCGCAAAAUCAGAACCUUGCGUCCCACAGCAUGUCUUCCCAUAACCUCUCGGCGCAAAACUAUGCUCCGGUCACCGGCCAUACCCAUUCGGUGUCAAUAUCUGCGGAUCCUCCUCUGGGCAUGUUCACCCACUCGGUACUGUCAUCCACGUUGCAUCUGGGCGACCUGAUGCCCCAACUCCUGCUGCUGGCCUCCAACCAGCUGCUCUUGGACUCUCCGUACCUGGCAAUGGUGCUGACCACCCCGGCUCGCCGCAAGAAGUCCGCAUCUAUUUCAUCUGUCAAUUUGUACACCACGCCAUUACGGGGCCAGAACCCUUCGCCGGGCUUAAAAGUGGGCAAAACUCCAAAGACUCAUCGCCGUACCCGCCUGAAGGCCAUGGAACCUGGCUCGGCCCACAUGUUGGCAACCAUCGCCAACAUGAAGGGCUCUGGUUCUUACAACCCUGCCUCACAAAGCUCUCAGCAUUUGGGCUCUAAUCCGUUUGAAAUGUCCUUCAUAUCACCCAAAUUGGACAACAGCUUCAGCGACUACGAUGCCACGCCAUUAGCCACUCCGGCGAAGUCCAUGGCUGCUCCUCAGUAUUUCACCCCCAUCUCACAGAAUCACAGCUUUGGAGGCUCGCUAGUCGAGUCAUCCAGCCUGGGGCUCCUGCUGGGCUACUUGCCAUACCUGAGUCAUGGGGGACUGGGUGCUCACUCCAUGUCCCAGGGCUACUCCGGUGUUCCAGUUCUCCGUCGUCACGAUACCAUGGAGUCCAUCAAAAUCGAAGACCAGGAGGACGAUGCAUGUAAACAGUUACGCAAGGCUAAGUCCUUUAACACGUUCCAGGAGCCAAUGAACAAGCUCACUCGUGUUGCCAGUCUGCGCAACUUCAAGGUGGAGCCUCCACCAAGCUCCGGUUUCCAAGGUACAACCCCCCUCCCGUUCAGAAAGUCAGCAUCCAUAGACCUCUUGCUGCCUGAACUAAUGGCCAAAGAUCGGCCAUCGUCAUUGAAGUCUUAUCCAGCAUCGAUAGAUCUUGCCUCUAUCACCAAUUCUGGGAUCACUCAGGCGUCUCCUACUGCUACAUCUAAUGGCCUUCUACCGCCCAUAGCUGCUACACGUUCUUCGUCUUCGCUCCAGCACGUACAUUCAACUCCUUCAUCGCGUUCAUCGACUAUGCCUGGCUCACGUUCUGGAUCUGGCUCAGUUCCCACAUACCCAACUGCGUCCCAGAUCCAUGAAACUUCUGCCACAGAUGAGAUUGCAAAGUUUGCGGAGGAGAUCCUCAAUUCCGACCUGAAGCGGCCCAUCGUUGUUCAGGCAGAAGAAGACGUCUACGAUCCCAAGAAAAAGCAUAAAUGUCCUUUGUGCCUUGCUCGCUUCCAGCGACCUGAGCACGUCAAGCGGCAUCUCAAAAGUCACUCCACUGAUAAACCUUUCCAAUGUGAUUUUCCUGAUUGUGGGCGCCGCUUCAAUAGAAAGGACAAUUUGAAGGCCCAUCUCAAGAAGAUUCACAAGCAAACAUCAUAA